AUGCGAGUUCUUGGUAUUAAAUCUGGCGAGGAUGUAUCGAAAUUGAAGGCAUUUUCUAAGUGGAUUGCAUCUAUUGGAGAUGGAGUUAUUGGUAGUCCAAAUGAUGGUGAAGUCAGUGUUGAUCUUCCUACUGAUAUUGUAUUGCCCGAUAGUGAUUUGAGUUGUCAUUCGCAUGAUCGAGCUAUACUUGCUCCAACAUUAGAUGUGGUUGACUUGGUUGAUCAAUAUAUGAUUUCUUUGGAUCAAUCAGACGACCGUGUUUAUUUGAGCUCAGAUAGCAUAUCUAAGUCUGAUCAAAGUUCUAAUGGUUUCGCGGAGAUAGAUUCGGUAGAAUUUUUUAAUAAUCUUAAGUGCUCUGGUACACCAAAUCAUAAGUUGUUGUUGAAGGUUGCUACUCCUGUUAUGCUAUUAAGAAACAUAGAUCAUGCUAACGGAUUGUGUAAUGGGACACGAUUGAUCAUUACGCGUUUAGGUGAUCAUGUUUUAGAAGCUAAAGUCUUGAAUGCUAAUAAUCAAGGCCAUAAAGUGUUGAUUCCUCGGAUGCCAUUAACACCUUCUGAUCCUAGGUUGCCUUUCAUGUUUCAACGUCGAAAAUUUCCUUUGUCGGUGUCGUAUGCUAUGAAAAUUAACAAGAGCCAAGGAAGUUUUCCAAAACUUAUGAAUGAAUAUUUUGUUAUUUCCGGGAAUACGGAAUACAAGGUCAGGAGAAAUGAGCUGGCAGUAAAAGGAACCAUAACAUUUGAUGCAAACAACACUAUCACAAUUUCUCCUGUGAACUUCGAGUAA